GGACGCUGCUCUGUGGGACGAUGGCGUGGCUCACCCACCUGCUGGCCUGCGUCUUUGGAACCGGCUCCUGGAUGGCCGUCAAUGGCGUGUGGGUCGAGCUUCCUCUGCUGGUGGCUGAGUUGCCCGAGGGCUGGUAUCUCCCUUCCUACCUCACCAUCAUCAUCCAGCUGGCCAAUGUUGGGCCUCUCUUUGUCACUCUCAUGCACAGGCUGAAACCGGGCCUGCUGAAGGAGGCACCGGUCAUCUGUGUGCUGGUCUCCAUAGGCGUCGUGGCCUGCUUCCUCCUGGCCUUCCUGUGGCAUUACACCACCCCCAUAGCUGGAGAACCACACAGCGUGGCUUUCUUCAUCCUCACCUUCUUCCUCUCGCUGGUAGACUGCACCUCCUCCGUCACCUUCCUGCCCUUCAUGGCACACUUCCACCCUCGCUAUAUCCCCACUUUUUUCAUUGGCGAAGGACUCAGCGGGUUAAUCCCAGCUCUCUUUGCCCUGGCCCAGGGAGCAGGCAUUGCGAGCUGUGUCCAAGUCACAGCGCCAACCCACAAUGCCACUGUUGACAACUCUUCCUUAGUCAACACAACUGGUGAACCUCUCCCUAUGGAAACACAUUACUCCCCAGCCAACUUCUCCAGCUUGGUCUUCUUCCUCAUCCUGUCUGCCAUGAUGUUCUUCUGCCUCACCGCCUUCCUCUUCCUCAACCGGCAGUCCAAGCUGUGGGAGCUUUCCACACAGAACUUGUGCUCCAGUGAGAUCAGCCUGAACUCAGUUCAGAAGAUGCCUGCAGGCAAGCAGGAACCAGCAGACUUGAACAGGGGCACAACCUGCUCCAUGGAGAGCAAGCUGGAGAACUCCAACAAAGGUGUUGAUGAUGCAGUUGCAGACACGGUCACGUAUUCUUGCUCUAAAUUCGCCUUCAUCUAUUUCCUUGUCGCUUGGAUGAACGCGCUGACCAAUGGCAUCCUACCAUCUGUGCAAAGCUAUUCAUGCUUGCCUUAUGGCAACCUGGCUUACCAUCUGACAGCCACCUUGAGCUCCAUGGCCAACCCUCUUGCCUGCACUGUUGCCACCUUCCUACCCAACAGGUCUCUCCUGUUCUUGGGCAUACUGGCAACCGCAGGGACUGCAUUCGGGGUCUACAACUUGGUGAUGGCCGUGCUCAGCCCCUGUCCGCUCUUACAGCAAUCCGACUGGGGAGACGCCCUGAUUGUGAUUUCGUGGGUGUCCUUCACCGGAACCCUCACUUACGUCAAGGUGAUGCUGGGGGUGAUUCUUCGCAGCUGCAGCCAGAGUGCCCUUGUGUGGUACGGAGCGGUGGAACAGCUGGGAUCUCUGCUAGGAGCUCUGCUCAUGUUUCCCUUGGUGAACGUCUACCACUUCUUCAAGUCGGCUGACUUCUGCAGCUUCCAGUGCCCAGCAUGACGUGCCAAGAGUCAAGCAGAGACUUUGCUAAGGACAUUAUGGGAAAAGUCUCCCAGCAGGCAGACGGGUGCAAUACUCAAAGUAUCACCCUUCCUUUUAGAGAGAAGGAAGGCAAGAUGUUGAAGAACUGAGCAAGCCAAGGGGCAUAUCUGCGAAGGACCACAUCCUCCUAAUUGACAGCACGCAGGGUCGCAAGUGAGUGCACGCUUGACUUUGUGCUCUAUUCAGAGACAAAUCGUUGCCUUUCGGGGUCCCCUGAGGUCGGGCUGAUGUAUCUGGGCUGAGAAAAAUCUGGAUGACCACCAGAUGGCUGCAAAGAGUUACUGCUCUGCUGCCAUCUAGUCUCUGUUCGGAUUUUUGCAACCCAGAGAAAAUAGCCGUACUUAAGAAUCAAGCAUCUCCCGCUGGAUGAGAAGAAAUUGCCCUGUGGUUAUGAAUGGUUUCAUAACAGAUCAGUUACGUUUCCAGUAUAAAUAUAUUUGAUGAUAUAUUUGAUUCCAACAGACUUUGUGAUUCAGUAUAGACUAAAAUGAAAAUAGGGGAGAAAAUUCAGGAAAGUCACCCUCAGCAACU